AUGACUUCGAUCGAGCGUCCGGCCGGCGGUGCGUUGGCGCUGCACUACGCGGCGGCCCGCGGAUGCCUCGACUGUGUGCGCCUGUUGACCGAAGCGGCCCCCGACAUCAGCGCCAACACACAGAUGGAAAACGACGUGACACCGGUGUACCUGGCGGCCCAGGAAGGUCACCUGGAAGUGCUGAAGUUUCUCGUGCUCGAGGCGGGCGGGUCGCUGUACGUGCGGGCCCGCGACGGUAUGGCCGCGAUCCAUGCGGCCUCGCAGAUGGGCUGCCUGGACUGUUUGCGGUGGAUGAUUGAGGACCAGGCGGUGGACCCGAAUCUGCGCGACGGGGACGGUGCGACACCGCUGCACUUUGCCGCGUCCCGUGGACACCUGAGCGUGGUGCGUUGGCUGCUGAAGCACGGUGCCAAGCUGUCGCUGGAUAAGUACGGCAAAAGUCCGAUCAACGAUGCGGCCGAGAACCAGCAGGUCGAAUGUCUGAACGUCUUGGUCCAGCACGGCAACAUCCUACAGCAACAGCAACAGCAGGAACAGUCCGAAACAGCCACCGGCGGAGGAGGGCACCCGAAAAGUGGUUCACCGGCGGGUAAGCAGCUACAGGACGCGUACCAGUCACAGGUCCGGGGCAGUUCGCUGCCGAAGCAUUCUGGACGGGCGUCCCGCAAGAGCUCGGCCGGCACGUACAAUCGGGCCAAGACAACGUCGGCCGCCGUUCACCUUGGCCACCAGCAGCAGCACGGCUCCAGCACGCUGCUGUCGACCAAAUCGUCCACCGGGAGCUCCGACUCGGAACCAUUCUACCUGCAUCCGCCGACGAUCCGCAAAACGAAGGACGGUCUGUACGCGCGCCAGUCACCGGACGCGUACUACGGUUCGGUUCUGCCCAACGACGGGGUCUACGUGAACCCGAUGCGGCGCGGCUCCUCGACGCCCACGUCCCCGAGUGGCAGCAUUUCGGGCGAGUCGUUCUUCCUGCACGACCCGCAGGAUGUGAUCUACAACCGUGUGAAGGACCUGUUCGACACGGACGUUGCGGGCCUGAAAGAGGAGAAGAUCGUCAACAAUCGAGCGAUAGGGGCGCAAGGGGGAGAGGUACACUCGAGCAGCAGUGGCGCGGCCAGUGGUUCGGACGAGGACCUCUCGGUUUCGUCCUCCAACUCGGGCGGUGGUUCGGGUGCCCCCGGCCCUGGUGGGGCAGCCGGUGAAGGCGUUGGGCUGGCGGGUAGUGGAACAAGCGGAGGACCCCCGGCGCACGUGGUUGACCUGAUGGGCAAGGCGUCGAGCGUGGGCGGUGGUAGCCACGAGCACGACUACGAGGACAUCUAUCUGAUCCGGGAGCAGACGCAGUAUGCGGCGUGCGCGGAAGUGUCGAACAUGCACGGCGUCGGUCGAAGCCGGUCGCGUGACAGCGGCUCCCACAGUCGGUCCGCUAGCGCUAGCUCGAACCGCAGCGACGUGAUCCUGCAGUUGACCGCCAACAACCAGUACGCCAACAACAAGGAGAAUAUGUUGCUCGCCAAGCGCAACAACAUGCUGUACGAGCAGCAACAGCAGCAGCAACAGCGGCACCAUCAGCACUACCCGGGAACGAAGCUGCUACCGAAGCCCGUCUACAACAACGUGAUGGGGAAACUGAAGGGCCAGGGAGAGCCGCCCCACAGCCGGAAAGGUUCCGUGUCGGCGCUGGACGCUGGCGGACUGCUGGACUACUCCACCGGCACGAUGCGCUCGUCGUGCACCACCGACAACGCGUACGAGAGCGUCUGCUCCCCGGAGAGCGUCUACGAGCGUGCGGCCGAGAAGGGCCUGGUGGGCAGCAAAAAGCAGCAGCAACAGCAGCACCAACAGCAGCACCAACAUUCGCAACAUUCACCGUACUCUCUGGCAGCGCCGGGCGAAGCAGCAAGUGGAACAACCGUUAACGCGAAUGGUGCCACUAACGGUAUCGGUGUCCAUGCAGCAGCCGCAGCAGCAGCAGCAGCAGCUGGUGAGGCAAUCAAACGAAACGGACCGCCGCCACCGCCCCAACCGCCGGUGAGCGAAGAAAAUAAAAAUGCAGGGCCACCGCCACCACCGCUUCCGCCACCGCUGAAAGCCGGUAGCUAUGGUUUCAGCAGCAGUGGCAAUGGCGGGCACCUUGCCGCUUUGGUCCCGAUCAUCAGUUCCUCCGGCGGCGGCUACAGUUACCCGAAGGGCACGCGAGGCGCCAAUGCACUCGACCAGCAGCAGACCGAAGCGGCGUUUGGCGAUCAUCAUCACCAUCAGCAACAGCAACAGCUACAGCAACAGCAGCAGCAGCAGUAUCGCCUCCAGAGGUUGAUCGGUGGCGAGCAUCACGGCGAGCAGCAGUACGACUCCGAUUCCGGGCUCGAGGUGCUGGAGGAGUCUACCCUCAAGCCGUCCGAUCUGAUCCGUGGCAACCACAAUCGGAGCAUGUCCAUCGUUUCCGCAAAUAAGAAAGCUAAGCUGAUUCACGGCAACGGCAGGCUGUGCGGUGCGUCGGCGACGGAAAGUGGUGCACUGGCGGCAGGGCUGCACUGCUCGAAGGUGCCCCGAACUGGCCCGGUCUCGUCAGUCGACGAGCAGCACUGCCAUCAGCAACACCAUCACCAUCAACCGCAACGGCAGCAGCAGCAGCAGCAGCAGCAGCAGCAACAGUAUUCAACCGGCAGCAGCGGCCAGCAACAACAGCAGCAGCAACUACAGCACUACCGCCACCAACACCACCAAGGCCCGAACCUGGUCAACAAGCAGCUCGUCCUGCCGUUCGUGCCACCCAGCUUCCCGAACGGUUCCGGCGACGGUUCGAACCACCUGAUCAAACCGUCCGAGUAUCUGAAGAGUAUCAGUGACAAAAAGUCCAAUGCGGGCUCGCAGAGAUCAUCAGAUACGGAGGAUUAUAUGCCAUUGAACAACACCCUGAUUGUACAGGCGGGUUCGGAGCCACCGAAUCCACCCCCUCCGCCACCCGCACCACCGCUCGGGCAAAUCCUUGGCGUACCGGGUGCCACGCUCAGCUCGACCCUGUCUUACCAACACCACAACCGAGCUACGGCAGGCGGCAACGGUGGUGGCAGCGGCGGCAGCCUCGCAACGGAUAAGCCGAACAGUGGCCGCCCGCCGCCUCCACCUCCCCCGCAGGACAGCGACAUUCGGAAGCUGCACCAGCCACUGUCGGCCAUCUCGAUCCAGGACCUGAACAGCGUGCAGCUCCGCCGGACCGACAAGAUGCUGUCGAAGACGUUCUCGGCGCCGACGCGCAGCAUCAGCAUGCAGUGCCUGUCGACCACCAGCGAGCAGUUCCUGUCGCAGAAAACGGAUCUCAUCGCCGAGCUGAAGCUGUCGAAGGACAUUGCGGGCGUGAAAAAGAUGAAGGUCGAGCGGGCGAAGCUUGAGGAUCGGCAAGCGACCGAGGUGUACUCGGAGGUGACCCGCCAGUUCACAGCGCAGAAUUACGUUGACCAGAUCUUUCAGGUCCCGGAGCGAGACAACGCCGGCAACAUCAUCCCGGACUGGAAGCGCCAGAUGCUGGCCAAGAAGGCGGCCGAGAAGGCCAAGAAGGAGUUCGAGGAACGGUUGGCCCGGGAGGCGGAGGACCGCCGCCUGUCCGCCAUCCCCAAGUGGAAGCGCGACCUGAUCGCUCGCAAGGAAGAGGCAGAAAGCAAGCUAAGAUCCUCGAUUUACACGCCGAAGGUGGAGGAACCACAGCGCCGGUCGGACACGUGGCGCAAUCGGAUCUCGCAGCGCGCAAUGUCCAUCGACAACAUCAGCUCGUUCGGCGCGGACGACCCGGGACUGCUGCGCUGCACGAAGGAGAAUCAGUAUCAUCAGACGAGCACGGCACCCGGCAACAGGAACGGCGGAGUAACGACCACUGGCGGGUGGAGCGCCUCCAACGGUGGUGGCGGCACAACCAACGGCGGGGGCGUCGAUGGUGGCGCUGUUCGUAACGGCGGUGCCACCACCAACACCGAGCGCCGCUCGAUGGAGAACAUCAGCUACGGUAAGCUGGAAGCGGCCGGGACAGCGCACGGCUACAACCUGUCCGAUAUGCCGCCGCCCACACCCGGAGAGUCAGUGUGUGGCGGCGACGAGGACGACGGCGAACAGAUCAUCCCGUGGCGAGCGCACCUGCGGAAAACCAACAGCCGGCUGUCGCUGAUAGGCUAG